UCGCCCAAAACAUGAGCCUUGAGGACGACGAUUUGGAUGCAGCACUUGCUUGUUCAGCCGACCAAGCCGAAAACGAAGCGAAUAAAGCUGAGGCAGGCAAGGAAGAUGCAACUCUAACUCAACUGGUGGAUGCUGAGGAGUUUCUCGCUACGGAAGGUGUCCCAUUGCUGGAGUACGAAAAGCAGAUGUUCUUGGAUCUAUUGCUCACGGAUGCGCUGGUAGUUUGUGCAAAAGGCAUUAGCUACGAACGCGUGAUGCUAAAUUUGCUGAAGAUAUUCUGCGACAAUUCCACGCUCGUUCUAGUGGUCAAUUGUUCGGAAAGCGAGGAGCAGUACUACAAAACUAACCUCGAACAGACGGAGCACAUCCACGAAUCGGCCAAGCUGUCAACGGAGCGAGAGCGGACAUAUCUUCAGGGUGGCAUACAAUUUAUCAGCACUAGAAUCCUGGUGGUGGACCUGUUGAAGAACCGAAUUCCGAUCGAGCUGAUCACCGGGGUGUUUGUGGUGCGGGCGCACGAAAUCAUCGAAUCGUGCCAGGAAGCGUUCGCCCUCCGACUGUACCGCCAGCGGAACAAGGUUGGCUUCGUGAAGGCCUUUUCCCGCAAUGUCGAAGCGUUUACGUACGGGUAUGGGCACGUGGAGAAAGUGAUGCGCAAUCUGUUCGUGAAGGAACUUUUCAUCUGGCCCCGGUUUCACAUGACCAUCCAACGGUCUCUGAAACCGUUCGAGCCGGCAGCUGUGGAGAUCCAAAUACCGAUGACGCAGAACAUGAUUCUGCUGCAGACACAUCUGCUCGACUUGAUGAACUACCUGGUGAAGAGUAUCAAGAGUUUGAACCGGUUCGUCGAGCUCCAGGAGGUGACGGUCGAAAAUUGUGUGACGAAAAAGUUCCACAAAAUCUUGCAGGCACAGCUGGACACCAUUUGGCACCAGUUGAGCUCGCAAACCAAGCUAAUUGUGGCCGAUUUGAAGGUGCUUCGUAGCCUAAUGAUAUCUUGCCUGUAUGGAGACUCCGUAUCAUUUUACGCCUUGCUUAAGCGCUACCGGACGACCGAAUAUGCGCUAAACAAUUCCGGGUGGACUAUUUUGGAUGCGGCAGAAAAAGUAUUCACUCUGGCUAAAGAACGGGUCUACAACCGAGAAAAUGAGUUUGAACCUGAGCUGUGCCCAAAAUGGAAAGCCCUCUCGGAUGUGCUGCGUGUCGACAUCCCGAACGAAAUAAAGGAAGCGGGAAAAAAGAUUCGCAAAAAAGAGGAACGCCAAAAGUUUCUCCAGCAGCAGGUGAAAAUACUGAUCCUCUGCCAGGAUCCACGUGCCUGCUAUCAGUUGAGUCAGUUUUUAACGCAAGGACCACAGCGCUACCUAUUCUAUCAGGCGUUAAAGAACGACAUUUCGGUGGCGAAACUGUCGGAAAAUUUCAAGCACAUCCCCGACGAGGUAGAUAUGGCUAGUUUUCAAAUCCGGGAGUUUGAGCCAGUGACAAAACCUCCCGUCAAAGCAACCCAUAUGGGACCGCCAGCGGACGUUGCUGGAACCAGUAAGGAUAGCGGAACCACGGCAAAGGGUGGUUUCUUACGGGAGAGAAUCGCCAAAAAACGACUUGAGGUGGCGGAAGCGGAAGAAGCACGCAAACGCAAAGAAAAGGAAGAGGAAGAGCUAGGCCCGGAAGGGGACAGGGAGGAAGCAAAAAAGUCGGACAUGGAGAAGGAAUUGGCGGCAACGGCGGCCGCCCGAAAAGAGGAGGAGGCCGAUUAUCAGAGAUACUUUCGCGAUUCGUAUGUCCUCACGAUGUCGCAGAAGAUGCCGGAGGAUGCACUGGACAAGGCAUCCGAAUUGGAUGUGAGUGUGUUGGAGAGUGGAGUAUUUGAGCCGUUCACCGAGAUGGAAAACAUGGACAUAACGACGGUAGUGAAGGACUGCCAGCGGCCACUGGUGUUCAUCCAAACGUUCCGUAGCGAAAGCAAUGGGCUCGGAUCGUUGGAUCGCACGCUUGAGCAGAUCCACCCGCGAUAUAUCGUGAUGUACCACACGAAUGUGACCGCCAUCCGGCAGAUCGAGGUGUACGAGGCGCGCCAGCAGCGCAAAGAAAUGGCCCGCGUUCGGGUGUACGCCAUCAUCCACUCGAAGACGGUCGAAGAACAGUCUUACCUCACGUCAUUACGGCGCGAAAAGCAGGCCUUUGAAUUGCUCAUCGAAACAAAGAGGACGAUGGUUGUACCCGAAUAUCAGGAUGGAAAAUCAGAAGAUACAAUUUUGAUGCUGCAGAAGAAACAGGAACUCUCGAGCAGACAAGCCGGAGGGCAGGAGGCGAAAGACACGGGUGAAAUUGUGACACCCCGUGUGAUCGUUGAUAUGCGAGAGUUUCGCUCCGAUCUACCAUGUCUUAUCCACCGGAGGGGCAUCGACGUCGUUCCUUUAACCAUUACGAUUGGAGACUACAUUAUUACACCGGAAAUCUGCGUAGAACGUAAGUCUAUCUCCGAUCUGAUCGGUUCGCUAAACUCGGGCAGGUUGUACAAUCAGUGCGUACAAAUGACACGCUACUACGCUAAGCCGAUCCUGCUGAUCGAGUUCGACCAGAACAAGCCGUUCCACUUUCAGCGCUAUUUCAUGGUAUCGGGCAGUGGUGGUGGUGGAUCUUCCUCGUCGGCCGGUUCAUACAACGAAGACAUCAUGGCUAAGCUGCAACUGCUAACGAUACACUUUCCCAAACUGCGGCUCGUCUGGUCGCCCAGCCCGUACUCGACGGCGCAACUGUUCGAGGAGCUGAAACAGGGCAAAGCGGAACCGGAUCCGGAGGUGGCCGUGCGGUUAGGCUCGGACGAAACGGCCGGCGACGAGCAGGACAUGGCGGCCGACACGGGGCUACUGCUGAACGUCGAUGUGCAGGAAUUUCUAACGAAGCUGCCUGGCAUCACGGCGCGGAACGUUGGCAAGAUUAUGCGACGGUGUCAGAAUUUGCGGGAAUUGACGCAAAAGUCGGAAGCCGAGCUGGAGGAGCUGCUAGGCGGCCAGGCGCUCGCGAAACAGCUGUGGGAAAUACUGCAUGUGGUACACAAACCGGCCCAACCGGAUGCGAACGAUAAACCGUACUCGGCGAAGUUUCGCCGAGGUGGACGGAAGAUGUGAAUACGAAGGGCUGGCGCAUGUAGAUGAAUGAGAAAGGAUUAGCUGUCCUCAGGGGGUUCCUUAGUGUGUCUGAUAUCUUUUCCGUUUAAUCGUUUCAUUUGUCUGUAAGUAUUAAAUACAUUUGUUAUUUUCAUUUCUUCAUCUUAAUCACUUUGUUUCGAUUUAAUGCUAAGUGGCUCAUCAUGUGAUGGUACCUUUAUGUCGUAACCAGUGCCAAAGAUCGCAAUGGUGCGAUUAGAUGUCUGAUAUAGAUUGUU